CCUUGCCGUUUGGAUGUCUGCCCGAGCUCGGAGUGUCUUUUCCUUUUGCACAGUGUAUCGUCUGACGCUGGUUCCUCCACUCUCCCCUGGAUCAGCCUCUCAGCACCAAGGCAACACCUGGCCCCAAUGGCACCCAAAAAGAAAUCCUCGAAGAAAAGCAAGCCGGUGCAGAAAGAGGUCCUUGUGAAUGCUACGAUGGUGGAGGACCCUUCUCUGGACAUCGACCACCACCAACAGCUGGAUGGUUUGUUUGAAAAUGGGUCCGACGGGUUCCUCUGCACCGCCACGGAAGUCACAAACCCAGGCCAUGGGAGCAGCGCUCUGGAGGAGAUGAACCGCAUGUACCAGGAUCGUUUGCUCUGCGACCUCACCAUUGCCACCAAAACAAAAUCCUUCAGUGUGCACAAGCUGGUCAUGUGUUCCUGCAGCGAGUAUUUCAGGAGCCUCCUGACCCAAAACCCGCAUCUCCAACAAGUUGACCUUGACGAUGUCUCUUCCUUGGGCUUGGCCACUGUCGUUGCUUAUGCCUACACAGGGAGGCUCAGCCUUUCCCUGUACACCAUCGGUAGCAUCAUUUCCACAGCCAGCCAGCUGCAGAUGUAUGCUCUGCUCAACAUCUGCACGAACUUCCUCAUCCAGGAGAUGAACAUGGAGAACUGGAUGUACAUCGCCAACAUGGCGGACACAUACCAUCUCAACCAGACCAAGGAUGCUGCUAGGAGGUUCAUCCGGGAGCACUUCGUAGAGUUCUCUGACACCGAACCGUUCAUGAAGCUCACUUUUGAUCAGCUCAACGAACUGCUGAUGGAUGACAGCCUUGAGUUCCCAAGCGAAGUGGUGGUUUUCCAGAUUGCUAUGAAAUGGCUUGAGUUCGAUCCCAAGAGAAUCAAGCACGCUGCUGACCUCCUCAACAAUGUUCGGUUUGGCACCAUCCCGGCGCAUGACUUAAUCAACUACGUCCAGGCUGUGCCGUGCAUGAUGCAGAAUCCAGAAUGCCACAAGCUGCUGGUGGAUGCGAUGAAUUACCACUUGUUACCUUAUCAGCAAAAUGAGCUGCAGUCCAGAAGGACCAAGAUCCGAGGAGGCCAGAAGGUGUUGCUCGUAGUGGGUGGGCGUCCGUGUGCCGCGGAGAAGGCUCUUAACAAAGACAUAAGCUAUCGGGACCAGGAAGGAAACUGGAAUAAACUCACAGAGCUGCCCGCCAAAUGCUUUAACCAGUGUGUGGCGGUGAUGGAUGGGUUCCUGUAUGUGGCAGGAGGAGAAGAUCAAAACGAUGCCCGCAACCAGGCAAAGCAUGCCAUUAGCAAUCUCUGCAGGUACGACCCGCGCUUCAACACUUGGCUGCACCUGGCCAGCAUGUCCCACAAAAGAACUCACUUCAGUCUCAGCGUCUUCGACGGGCUCCUCUACGCCGUUGGGGGCCGCAAUGCCAAGGGCACCCUGGUCUCCAUCGAGUGCUACACCCCUUCGGCCAACAACUGGCAAGCCAAAGCCAACAUGGAGCUGCCCCGCUGCUGCCAUGCCAGUGUGGUCAUUGGCGGCAAGAUCUUGGUGACCGGUGGCUACGUGAACAAUGCCUACUCCCGCACCGUUUGCAGCUACGACCCGGCCACCGAUUCGUGGCGGGAGUCCUGCUGGCUGAGCAGCCCCAGGGGCUGGCACUGUGCAGCCGCGGUAGCCGACCAGGCCUAUGUGUUAGGGGGCAGCCAGCUGGGGCCCCGAGGGGAGAGGGUGGACGUGAUCCCCGUGGAGUGCUACAGCCCCUCCACCAAUCAGUGGGGCUUCAUGGCCCCUCUGCCCUCUGGCCUGAGCAUGUCUGGAGUGGCUACUCUCGGCGGGCAAAUCUUGGUCGUAGGUGGUUGGAAUGAAAGUGGGAAGAAGUAUCAGAAGAGUGUCCUGGCCUAUCACCCCGACCUGAACGAAUGGACAGAGGAAGGGGAGCUUUCGGAAGGCACGGUGGGGGUGUCCUGUUGCACCAUCACCCUCCCACAUCCGAGCUCUAGAGGGUCCAGAGCUAGCUCUGUGGGCUCAGCAACGGUCAGCAUUUAAGAAUGGGUGUGGGGUGGCAGGUGGAACAGAAGAGUAUAGUCAUAAGUGGACAGGUGGUGUGUUCAGGUGGUACACAAAGAGGCUGUUCACACAACCAGAACUGGGUAGGACAAAUGUCCUAACCAGGGUUGGGAGUUGUACACGUUCCCAAUUUUCAGCUGUGUGAGAGCAAAUUCUUAGGUAGGAGGAGGGAGAAGUGAUUGUGUGGGAGACAGCAGAUGGGUAGGACAGCACCAUCCUAUCCAGCUUUCAUACCCAGCAUUUGACCAAGGUAGGAGGCAACACUGCCUUACCCAGCUCCUGCCUCCCACACAAUCACUGCUACCUAGUUGUUUGCUCCCACGCAACCAAAAAUUGGGAGUGGGCACAGCUCCCAAACUGGGAGUGGACACAUGUCCUACCCUGUUUUCAGUUGUGUGAACAGCCUCAUAGAAUGAGGUGUGCCUUUCAAUAAGGCAGUUCACACGAUCAUCGACAGGGCAAGCAUCCUACCCAGCUUUGGGAGCUGUGCGUUCUCCCAAUUUUUGGUCAUGUGUGAGUUCAAAGCUAGGUUGGAGGAGGGGGAAGUGAUGGUGUGGGAGGCGGCUGUGGGCUCCAACCUACCCAACACUUUUACUCAGCAUAUUACCAAGGUAAGAGGAAAUGUGGUCUAAGCCUGCACCCGCCUCCCACUCAAUCACGUUUCCCUCCUCCAACCUAGCUUUGAACUCACACACGACCGAAAAUCAGAAGACACUUGUCCUACCCAGUUAACAGUCAUGAGAACAGCUAAUUUUUUAACCUCCAAUUUGCUGACUUCCAGGAGAGAAAUUUCGACCUGGAUAGAGAAAGGACUGUUCCAUAGCUUAGCCUCACCAAAAACAUCUGCAGGCUUCACCGCAGUGCCUUCUACUUCAUGGAAAGUAAACGCAGUUGAACAUGGGCAGAGCUAUUUGCUUUGAUCACACCUCAUGCCCGGACCGUCUAGCAAAAAUUGAAUCUGUCCUUCAUGCUGAAAUAUCAGCCUCCUUAAAAUAUGGCCGCCGGUUUAGAAGAUGUUUUGGACCUCUAAUGCCUACUUUGAAUGAAUCGCAUUAUUGGAACAUAGGGGUCUUCAACUCUAAAUUAAACAUAUAAGGUACACUGUUAAA